AUGGAGCUCUUUCAAAAAGCAAUAACGGUUCGCCUUCUCAGCCACCAUGAAAAGUACCUCAUAGCAGAGGAUGACGAAGAAUCCGUCUGCCUCCACCACAAUGGCUCCUCCAAGAAUGCACAUUGGACUAUCGAGUUUGUAGAGGGUGACGAAAAUUUUUUGCGCUUUAAAAGCUGCUAUGGCAAGUACUUGACGGCCUCAAACCUGCCAUUCCUUCCCGGGGUGACAGGCCGGAAGGUACUUCAGACAUUGCCGGCCAGAAAGGACUCGUCCAUCGAGUGGGAGCCGGUGAGGGACGGAUUUCAGGUGAGGCUGUUGACGCGAUACGGCAAUUUUUUGAGGCCGAAUGGGGGCCUACCACCGUGGAGGAACUCGGUCACGCAUGACCAACCUCACAGGCCUGGCACGCAUGAGAAAAUCUUAUGGGACGUUGAGGUUGUUGAGAGGACUCGUUCAAAAGGGUCGUCAAGCCAUCGAAGAGCUGCGACAUUGUCUGAUUUUUUAGAUUGGGAAACAAGUUCACCUUCUUCUGUAUUUUCCUCUCCGGAUUUGACCAACAAAGAGAGUUUUCCUUUGGUAUAG